UUUAGAAGGCUGUGAAAAGAAGUGACCGAGGAAAAUACACAUUAUCAAGCCUUCGACGAUUGCCUGUUUGCUUGUUUGCCUGUUUGCCUAAUGUGGUGGUGCGCAAGGGCAUAUUGAAGGGCCUCCGACAUCCACGCCACCACAGUGGCUUCGCGGGGUCUAGGACCUAUUUUCGGUGUACAAAAGCAACCGGGCUGCUCUUCUUAUACCGAGCUUUUCGCGGGCUGAAGGGAUAGAUCAUCGUCACAAAGCAACCAUAAUAGUAAUUAACAUUCAGUUAACGUCGUCGUCAUAACCACUGUCAUAACUAUUAUCACAAGCACUGCAAGAUGAAGGAUCCCUAUUCGAAUCAAAAGAAUACAUAUCUACCUUAUACUCGUGGUAUCCUACCCGAUGAGCUGAGGCUUGGCAGUCUUUACCUGGACCCUUACAAUCCAAACCUGGGUCUUGAGAAGUAUCGUUUUGAGUUUAAAGAAAAAACCCUGCGCGAGGAGAGGUAUUGGGAAUUGAUAACGGCCUGGACUGGGGAACCAGAGGUGGACGACAUCGAGCCUUAUAUCCUCCGAUUUCAGGCAACGACAGAGUGGGCUGCUCAAGCUAAGAUCAUUGAUGCAGCUAAUGUAGGAGCGGAUAAGACAAAGACAAGAGAUGUCAGUAUUGUCGGAACUCAUGCCCGGCGGUACCAGAUCAAAAAUGUGAACAGGCCGGAACAGUUUCUUCGCCAACAAGUUCUCACACAACCCGAUGUAAAGAAGUGGAUUGCCGACCGACUCUCCAUCUCCUUUUACGCUCGAUGGAAGCAUCACCGAAAGACAGGAGAACCAUGGAAAGCGCCAUCGAUAUGGUUGGUGACCGGCGUACACCUCAUCUCGAACGGCUGUGUUCACUCGGGUUGGAACGUGGGCCUCAAUGUGCAAGGAGGCGCAAACGUAGACCCUGGAACAUUAGCGGGCGGAACGCCAACUGGUAGAUCGGCAGCCGAUGUCCGUGGUUCGAGGAGGGAGAACGUCCAAAUGGAGAACUUAUAUGGACAGUCUGGGGAGCGCGUCUGGUGUGCGCAGUUCAUGGAACUAGCCGUCGAGUUCACUAACGGGCCAGGGAGGAAUGAAUCUCAAGGCUGGUCCACGAGACUCUUACCCAAGAAAGAGAUUGAAGUCUUGCAACUACGUCAGGUCGAGGAUCUUGGGGUCAGCGGCGUGCGCCGAAGAGUAACCUCAAAGGAGUCGCAGUCAUCAUCAAUUGAUUGGAAAAAGCAUCAAGCGAUGAUCAUCGGCUUGCAGACCACAGGCCAUGACGACUAUGAACCGACUGCGACGACUGACGACACCACUGCUACAGCUACGGAUCGCCCGGACAUUGAGGAACCUCUUAGCAAGAUGGUCGUCGCCGACUUGCCUUAUAACCAGGGUUUAUCGGCACGAGACUGGGGAACCUUUGAGGAUUAUCUGGCAUACCUGGAUUACCAGAACUGAUGGAUUCAAAUUUGAUUGAUUGCGUUUCCCCAAUGAGUGGCUUUUUUCCCUUUCUUUUAGGUGCUGUUAACACGGCGUUGGGGGGAGGGGGGGUGGUUUGU